AUGGACCCCAACUGCUCCUGCUCCACCGGUGGCUCCUGCACGUGUGCCGGCUCCUGCAAAUGCAAGGAGUGCAAAUGCACCUCCUGCAAGAAGAGCUGCUACUCCUGCUGUCCCGCGGGCUGUGCCAAGUGUGCCCAGGGCUGCAUCUGCAAAGGCGCAUCGGACAAGUGCAGUUGCUGUGCCUGAUGUGGGGGAGCCUGUGCCCGAAGUAAAUGCAGCCAUGUGUACACACCUGCAGUUUUAAAACAUUUUUCAUACUACCCUGACCCAUUUGCUACAUUUCCUGUUUCUAUGAAGUA